AUGGCGAGUUAUAUUGAUGAUAAUGUGUUAAUGGAAAAAGUACACGAGGAAUUCAAAGAUAGAAAUGGAAAGAUGGAAUUAGAAGAUAUCGAUAAAUUAUCUAAUAUAAUAACAGAUAUAAACAGAGAAGAAAGAAUAUUCACUGAUUUACCUGAACCACUAAGUAUUCUGGCGUAUAAUAUACUUUAUAUACAAAUGUAUUAUAGAAUUUUAUGUAAGAGUAUUAUAUAUACUGAUGAUAUUGCUAUAUCAAUAGUUAAUAACUCUAUAAGUCAUACGGAGUUAAUUAUAGAUGUAAUUAAAGAAGCAGCAGAGGGAUUAAACAGUGAAGAUAAAAAGCAAGCAUUCUAUGAUUUAAUGGGGGGUAACCAUAUAAUUAUAGCAGAAGUAUAUAUACUUAGAAGGAAAUUUUUCGAUUAUUCUAUUAAUAGACUGUGUGAACAAGAAAACAUAUCUGAAUUGGAUGAUACAGUAACCCCAGAUAAUGCCAUGGUUAAACUAUGCGAGUUAACCAAAAAUUCCAAAGAGCAUUCUAGACUACAGAGAGUAUUAGAUAUACUAAUGAAACACGGUAAUAAUUUAAUUAUACCAGAUAAUGAUGAAGUAGAACAAUCAAAUGUUAAUAAUUUAGGAAUAAGUUAUGACGAUAUCUAUUCAUUACAACUAUUCAAAAGAGCAGGCAUGGAGUAUUUUCUAAAUUCUAAUGAAUUUUUAAAUAAGUCCAUUUAUGGUUCAAUUUAUAUUAAAACCGAGCAUAAUGAACCUCCAUUCAAAUACUUUAUUACUAAUUUGUAUAAUUCAAUAUUCCGUAUGUCUAUAAAUAGAGAUGUACACAGCACUGAAUCAUAUAAAAAUAAGAGUAUAAAUAAAAUUAAAGAAUAUUUAAGCAAAUUACAAAAAAAGAAGAAAAUCGGCAUUAUUAAUGAACUUAAAGAAUCAAAAAUACUGAAAAAUAUAGAAAGCCAUAAAUACUUCAAUAUCAAAGGGUUUAAGAAUAACGUAAUUAAUAAUUAUUUAAAACCAGUAGAAUAUAAUACUUCAAUUAUUAUUAAUGGUAUAGUUAAACAUAAAUUUAAAAAGACUUUAAAUUGUAUUGUUGUUCCUAUUGUUAUAAUUCUACUGUUGGUUAUUGGCACUGUAUUCUUAUUGUAUUUUGCUACUGUAAAUAAGACUAUAACCCGAAAUAAUUUUAAUAAUUCAUUUUUUAUAUUUGAGUAA